AUGGUGGCAUGUGACGAGUGCUCCCAGUGGUGGCAUUAUAAUUGCGCCGGAGUAAAUGCCUCUAUUGCCGACAAAUCGUUCCGUUGUUCCCAAUGUACCGGAAAAUCCAGGAAAACGAAUACUUCUUCGUUCCAUACAAUGCGAUCCACUUCCUCAAAACAUUCAACAUCUUCGCUGGCCCGGCUCCGGUUGCAACAGCUGGAGGAGCAAAAACAGUUGGAAGAUAGAUUGAGGAAAGAAAAGGCAGAGCAAGCAGAGAAGGAUCGAUUACUCCUAGCAGAACAAGCCGAAAAAGAUCGCUUCUAUCUGGCGGAAAAGCACCAACUACAAUUGGAAUUGCUGGGCGAAGAAUCUCAAGCAGGAAGCGAACGUAGUUUCGAGUCACGGGAGCAGCUGACCGAAAAGUGGAUCCAAAGUCAGGACAUCGGUAAUGAAAACCUGUUGGCUUCAUCCACUCCUGUAGCGGCCCCGGUACAUACUGGUGCGGUGCCGAAAAUCUUACAGCUGCCAGCGAUAGAGGAGGAAUAUUGUAGACCGGAAGAUUCACGAAUAGUCCAAGGAAGGCGACCAGAGGCAGCAACUAACAAGAAAGGCAGCAUAGGUUACGCUAAACUUCCCCCAGCAGUACUGGGCACAAGGGAGUCUAGUUUUUCCCGGAAUUGUUGGCCAAAUUCUGAUGUUCAGCGUCGAUCGUCGCAUCCAUUCAGUAUGACAGUGGAUCAAAAUCCCCAGCCGAGAUUUUCUUAUGCAGAACUAUCAGAGCCGGUAGAUGUUUCCGGAGGUUCGUGGUGUCGAGAAAAUAAUCCCCCUCCAAAUUCUCCACCUCUGCUCAACAAUCAACUCGUUCAGCAGCAGCCUGUACUGCUCAAUGCCCAGCAACUCGCAGCAAGGCACGUCGUAUCCCGGGAUUUACCCAGAUUUUCGGGUGAUCCAUUAGAAUGGCCGGUGUUCCUUAGCACUUUCGAAUCGACCACGGCCAUGUGCGGAAUUCAACCAGACGAGAACCUGGUUCGCCUUCAAAAGUGCCUGGUAGGAAGUGCGAGAGAAAAAGUUCUGAACCUGCUCACAAUUCCAUCAGCGGUUCCAGAAAUUAUUGCUACCCUCAGGGAAGAGUGUGGCCGACCCGAUCAAUUGAUACAUUGUAUGCUGUCUAAAAUUCGCCGUGGCAGUCUGCCAAAUGCAAACAAAUUGGAAACUCUCGUUAGUUUCGGACGUGAAGUGAGGAAUUUGGUGACGUACAUUGAAGCCGCUCGUUUACAGUCCCACCUGACUAAUCCGGAGCUCCUUUCCGAACUGGUGUUUAAAUUGCCUCCAAGUUUACGCCUUGAGUGGGGAAAACUCCUAGAAAACGUUCCGGAGCCGUCGCUAAGGGAUUUCUGCAAUUAUGUGUCAUCGCUCAGAACCGCUGCAUGCAAAGUCACUCCACCAGCUGACCUCGCAAUGGAUGGUCAAAUUCGAAGAGGAACCCGCAAAGAAAAAGAAACAGGCUUUCUCAAUACUCAUCAGGAGGUUUUCUCGAAAACGGAGAACACUUUGCCGAAGCAGAAAGGAGAUCCCAGACCCUGUUUAGCGUGUGAUAGGAAGGGCCACAGGGUCCGGGACUGCGAGAGAUUCAAGAAAUCUUCGUUGGACGAUCGUCUGAAAGUAGUGCAGGAGAAACAACUGUGUCGACGAUGCUUGGCACCACACGGCAAGUGGCCGUGUCGAACGAGACAACCCUGCGGUGUGGACGGUUGUCAGGAAAUGCACCAUAUGUUGCUCCAUUGUAAGCCAUCGCCAUCCACCUCGUAUGGUGCAUCUGGAAUUGUAACAACACAUCGACACAAACAAAAUUCCACGCUUUUCAAAAUCAUACCGGUUAUGCUACAUGGGAACGGCAAGUCUUUAUUGGUCCACGCAUUUCUCGAUGAUGGGUCCGACUUGACUCUCAUCGAAAGCAAAGUCGCCGAUGAACUGGGCCUAGACGGAGUAGAAAGACCUCUAUGCAUAGAGUGGACAGGUAGCGUAUCACGGAAUGAAGAUUCUUCUCGUGUCGUGCAGCUGACGAUAUCCAAGCCGAAAAGUGAAGAAAGACAUGCCCUGACGAAUGUGCGCACCGUUCCAGAUUUGGGAUUACCGAAGCAGUCGUUGAACUACGACCAAUUGGCAAAAGAUUUCCCCCAUCUUCGUGGUUUACCGAUUUGCAGCUAUACCGAUGUUACUCCCAAAAUAUUGAUUGGAGUCGACCAUGCAAGACUGAAGUUAACGCUGAAAAGAAGAGAGAGAAGUGCUGGUGAACCCGUGGCAACCAAGACGAGAUUAGGCUGGGUUAUUUUCGGUGGACAGAGUGCUACGAAUAAUCUCGCCCGAACCAUGGUCCACACCUGCAAGUGCAGCAAAGACGACGAAUUACACGAUCUUGUCAGAGAGUAUCUAGCAGCCGAAAGUAUGGGCAUUGCCGAACAUGCUCCGCCAGAAACCAGCGAAGAUCAACGUGCCCGAAGAGUCUUGCAAGAAACUACAAAGCGCACUCCGUCCGGGAAAUACGAAACUGGUCUCCUCUGGAAAUUCGACGAUAUCGAAGAAUACCAGAAACUUGGCAACCGGCAUAAGGCAACCGAAAAUGAACUCCGAGAACGGGAUCCGAACAAGGUGUGGUACUUGCCCAUUGGUGUCGUCCAGAACCCCAGAAAGCCUGGCAAAGUCAGGGUCGUCUGGGACGCCGCUGCGUCAGUGAAUGGAACAUCACUCAAUUCAAUGCUCCUCAAGGGGCCUGACCUCCUGACGCCCUUGCUGAAUGUUCUUUGCCGAUUUCGUGAGAGGCAGUACGCAAUUGCAGGUGACAUCCGCCAGAUGUUUCACCAGAUUUUGAUUCGUGGUGAAGACAAGCAAUUCCAGCGUUUUUUGUGGCGUACCGAUCCGAAAGCACCUCCUGAUGUCUACAUUAUGGAUGUGGCCACGUUUGGAGCGACGUGUUCUCCCUGUUCCGCUCAAUAUGCGAAGAAUCUGAACGCCUCCGAACAUCGUGACCGUUAUCCAGAAGCAGCAGCCGCCAUCGUAGAAGGCACGUAUGUCGACGACUUUCUCGAUAGCAGAGAUUCAGCGAGAGAAGCUGUCGAAAUUGCGCAAGGAGUGGUCACAAUAAACGGUGCAGCUGGCUUCCAAAUCCCGACGUGGCAAUCGAAUUCCAUCGAAGUUCUUCGAGAGAUCAGCAACGAAAGCGAAAACUCCACGAAACGUUUUUCUGUGGAUAGAAUGACAGCAACGGAUCGAGUUCUUGGGAUGGUUUGGCGGCCAAGCCCAGACGUCUUCGUAUUUGAAAAUGUAUUUCGUGAUGAUCUUCAGACACUGCUAACCGGACACAUCAUUCCCACCAAACGUCAAGUUCUUCAGGUGGUAAUGAGCCUUUUCGACCCCCUGGGAAUAGUCGCAGCCUUCACCAUCCACGGAAAAAUCCUCAUGCAGGAUAUAUGGAGGUCAGGUGUGAAUUGGGACGAGUCUAUCCGGUUGACGGAUUUCGAAAACUGGAAGCGCUGGAUAGGAGUGCUUCCCGACUUAGCGAAGGUGACGAUUCCAAGAUGUUAUUUCCCGAACUACGAUCCUAUUAGCUAUGAUUCUCUGCAACUGCACAUCUUCACAGAUGCAAGCGAGACAGCUUACGCUUGUGUGGCAUUUUUUAGAAUCGUCGAUCGAGGAUCACCGAGAUGCUGUCUAGUAGCUUCGAAGGCGAAAGUUACCUCACUUCGACCACAGUCGAUUCCUCGGAACGAGUUGAAUGGUGCAGUCAUUGGAGCGCGACUAAUGGAGUCCAUUGUAGACAGUCACCGGUUGAAGAUAUGCAAGCGAUAUUUUUGGACCGAUUCAUCCGUAGUGAUUUCGUGGCUUCAUGCCGACCCACGAAAGUACCGGCAGUAUGUAGGAUUCAGAGUUGGUGAAAUCUUAUCGAAAACUCAAGUCGACGAGUGGCGCUGGAUAGCGUCAAAGCUGAACGUUGCGGAUGCUGCGACAAAGUGGGGCAGUGGUCCCAAUCUCGAUCCGGACAACCAGUGGUUCAAAGGGCCCGAAUUUUUAUACCUACCAGAAUCCGAAUGGCCAUCACGUAAGUUGAAUCUGCCGGAACCAACCGAAGAGGUUAAGAAGCUCGUCAAGCACAUAGCCUAUUUGUUUCAUUUUUACCAUCGCUGUCGAACCAAAAAUAGAACUGAGAGUACCAUACUAUCUGUAUCGCUCGAGCAAAAGGAUUUCGAGUCAGCUGAGGUUUCCUUGUGGAAAAUGGUUCAAGAACAAGAAUUCGGCGACAUUCGUCUCGUAUCGCUCAUAGUGAACAGUCGCGUUUCGAGAUUUCGUCCAAUAUAUCCGGGUGUUUCGUUCCGUUCGGGCGUUUAA